CACUGAGAGGCGUUAAAUGCUAAGCACGGUGUGACGUGCUUGUGAAAGGUCGUAGAUUUGCCGUCUUUUUUCGUAGUUUUUGCUGCUAAAUUCCGCCAUGGACAGAAGUCAAACGCCUCCCUCGUCACCCUUCAACUUCUACGGCGCCCAGGACCCGUCCAUGAACGUACCACUGACAUCUUCAGGUUCAUCAUUUUCACCAUACCUCAACAUUGACCCAUCAUACUUGAAUCAGGGAGGAUCAGAAUUCAUUUUCCCGACAGAGAAGAGAACGCGGGGCAGAUUUGAGCUGGCUUUCUCACAGAUUGGCAGUUCUGUGGCGGCAGGAGCAAUCUAUGGAGGAGUGAAUGGUCUAAGACUAGGGUUGAGCGAGACAGCAGAGCUAGCAUGGAGCAAACCUAAAUAUGUCCAGCUGCUGAACCUGACAUUGAAGAGAGGUGCAGCAACAGCAAACACACUUGGUGUGAUCGCCCUAUUCUACAGUGCAUUUGGUGUGCUGUACUCAUCUUCCUUGUUCUUUGAUGUUGAUGAUGAGAGAUCAACACUGUUGGCAGGAACAUCUACAGGACUCCUCUUCAAAUCCACAGCUGGACUGAAGGGCAUGGCUAGAGGGGGAGGGGUUGGGUUUGGACUGGCAGCACUCUGGUGUGUGUGGCAAAACAGAGACAGGGUCAAAUCUUCUCUUGGCGUGAAUCAAACCUUGUAAAAACUCCAGACAUUUUAAAAUACAUCUUCUUUCUUUCCCUUUCUUCCUCCUUUCUACAAUCGCCACAAAAGACCUGAUGACGUGAU